GUUUUGGAACCUGAGACCUUCAAGAUCCAGAAUGCCUUUUAAAUUUGAAUCAAAACACUGAUCUGAUCCAAGCAGUUUGCUCAGGAUUAAGCUGAAUACUUGUGGGGGGAAAAAAUCAAAGGUGUAAAGUUUGCUUUUGAAUCACUCCAGUGUCACUCACUCCAGUCAUGGCCAAGAAGCUGGCUUCCUUUGGUAAAAUGCUGCUGCGGCGGGUCCCAGUGGCCGACAGCCAGGUGGAGACCCAGUUCACCCGCUGCUUGACCACAAUGGACCUGUUCGCUCUCGGAGUGGGCGCAACACUGGGAGCCGGGGUCUACGUGCUGUCUGGAGAGGUGGCCAGGGAGAAGGCCGGGCCUGCCAUAGUGUUGUGUUAUCUCAUCGCAGCACUCUCCUCCAUCCUGGCUGGCUUGUGCUUUGCUGAGUUUGGUGCCCGUGUUCCCAAGGCUGGAUCAGCCUAUGUGUACUGCUAUGUGAGCGUAGGUGAGAUCUGGGCCUUCAUCAUUGGCUGGAACCUCAUCUUGUCUUAUGUAAUUGGCACAGCCAGUGUUGCUCGAGCUUGGAGUUUCACAUUUGAUAACCUGGUUGGCCAGGCAGUCUCACAGUUCUUUAAAAGCUACAUGCCGAUCAAAGUUCCUGGGAAUCUAAUGUCUGAAUACCCCGACCCAUUUGCUGUACUGUUAAUUGUGCUGCUCACAGCCCUGCUGUCAUUUGGUGUGAGUGAGUCGGCCCUGGUGGGGAAGAUCUUCACAGGGGUCAACGUGUCGGUGCUGGGCUUCGUCUUCAUCUCAGGCAUGGUGAGGGGAGACUGGGCCAACUGGAGCCUCAGUGUGGACAGCUUUAUCAACACCACCAAUAUUACAGACCCGGAGGUUAUCAAGAAGGAGUUUGGUUCUGGCGGGUUUGUACCAUUUGGGCUCAGCGGAGUCCUGGCCGGGGCAGCAACAUGCUUCUACGCCUUUGUUGGCUUUGAAUGUAUUGCAUCUGCAGGUGAAGAAGCGCUGGACCCUAUGCGUUCCAUUCCCAUCAGCAUAGUGGCCUCGCUGCUCUGCUGUUUCAUCGCCUACUUCGGGGUGUCCACCGCUCUCACCCUGAUGAUGCCCUACCACCUGCUGAAUGUAAAAACCCCACUGCCCGAGGCCUUUGAUUAUGUGAACUGGGGCAACGCUCGCUACGCUGUGGCUGCGGGUUCCCUGUGUGCGCUCUCAACCAGUUUACUUGGCAGUAUGUUCCCCUUGCCUCGUGUAAUCCAGGCUAUGGCAGAGGACGGCCUCAUCUUCCGCUUCCUCUCACAAAUGAAUGAGAAAACAAAGACGCCUCUACGAGCCACAGUUAUAUCUGGCGCUGUGGCAGCUGCAAUGGCAUUUCUGUUCGACCUGGAUAUUUUGGUGGAUCUGAUGUCAAUAGGGACGCUCCUUGCAUACACACUGGUGGCUGUUUGUGUGCUUGUUCUCAGGUACCAGCCAGGCCAUGUGGAUGACAGUCUACCAAUGGAAAUAAUGACAGAGGGAACCGGUGAUUUUCACCUUGACCAGAAAGAAGAAGCGAUGAGACACCCGCCAGGAGAGAAGUUCACCCCAGCGCUUCUGUUUCUGCCUCGCUCCGACUCUCCCACGAUAACCUCGGGGAACAUCGUCCACGGUGCCACAACUUUCAUAUGUGGGUUCCCCUAA